CGCUCAUCAUAGCACUUCCGCUUCAGAAGCGUUGCUAAGGAGACGCCAGCGCGUCGGCAAAACUCUCGACCGCAGUGAAGAUGCCUGCUAACUUCAUCUCUUCAAAAACCACUGAUACAAGCAAAAUAGCGUAAGAGAAUUCAAUGUCUGCUGGAGGAAGGAUGCAUGUGACCCGGCCCAAGUCAUCUAAGGGACGCAGCAGACCCAUGAUGGCUCCCCCUUCGAGUGAGGAUUCACCUUCCGAGUCCUCGUCUCUUUCACCCCAACCUCCAGCCCCCAAGGCAAACGACAGGUUAAACCAAUGCCUCCGAUCCCGAGCCAUUCUGAGACGCUGCAGCCAGCCUGGUACAGAUAUACUGACUGAAAUCUUUGACAGACCCCCCGAUGAGCCCGUCUCACUCAACAAAUACAGGGUUCUCCCUUCCAUCGAGAAGAAAACAGGUACGGAGCGGACGUUCAGUCAAGGUGACGGCAGCCGUGAGUUAUGUCAACACACUUCAGGUGUCCACACAAAGGCCUGUCCUGAUGUGACAUCAGGAAGUGAGACGGGUCCAGCUCCUCCAGAGGAAUCAGGCCUGCUGCUAGCGAUCAGAACUCCAUGCGGUCAGAGGUUCAAGUGCCAUUUCCGGCCAACGGACCAGCUCCAGGCAGUGCUUACAGCGGCUGAGGCUGAAUUCGGCGAGAGGUUUGACAAGUGUAUGAUUGAGACUAUGGAUGUGCCACGCAGGACUUUUACAAACCUUACAUUGACCUUGGCUCAGUGUGGCGUCCUGAACAAAUCGGUUUUAUGCAUUUCCCAAGAUGACAGCAACAUGGAUAUAACUUGAAACUAUAAUGUAGUUCAAAUUUUUUUAGUUUUUUCCUGUCCAACAUUUCAAAUUAUGAUUCAAAAUCCUCAUGAUUAAAUACAUGAUUUAACAUGGAACAGCAAGAUUAUUUUGAUGGUAAAAUAUUUAUUCGUCCCAUAUAUAUAUUUACAUACACACAACUAAAUAUGUUCUGUUAAAAACUGUUUUUUUAAUUAGCUGAAAAUUUACUGAAUCUUAAGUCUUGUAAGAAUAUAGAGGAGUUCGUUUCUUCCUCAGAACUGAUUUGGAGAAAUUAAGAAUUCAAUCACUUGAUCACCAAUGAAUGCUCUGUAGUGAAUGGGUGCCGUCAGAAUUAGAUUCUAAACAGCUGAUAAAAACAUCACUUCUACAAAACACCAGUCCAUAAUCCAUAAUAACACUUCCUCUAACAUCAAAAUCCACCAACAUAUUUGUUAUGAACAGUUUUUGCUUGGUGCAUGAUCUGUGCAUAUUUCUCACCUGUUUCAGAUGAGACAACUUUUUUUUCUUUUUUCUUAAAGCGAUAUUAGAGGGAUUGUAUUUUAGCUGAAAGCAACAGUUUGAAAUUGAAAUGUCUUCAUUAAAAAGUUGGAUUUGUUUCUUAAAAACAGCUUUUCACUUUGCAAGACAUUGAUUGAUGGAAUGGAUUCAUGGAAUGUCUUGUGAAUUAUUGUGAUGUGGUUUGGAUUCAGAGGAUUCAUUGAUAAGCAAGUAAUG